AUGAGAUAAAUAUUAAGAUCAAUAUUAGUUCUCUACGCUAUUCUAAAAUUCUUUAUUUUAUAAAUCAAUUGCUUUCGAUUAGACCUAUAAGAGUCAUCUGCAUGCUUUUAAAUCCAAAAUAUAGGAGGAAAUCAAGCAUCAGUAACAAGUAUUGUAUACAUACAGGGUACAACUUUAGUUAGUGUAAGCGAUUAAUAGGGAUAUAGCUAUAUAUAUGAUAUUUUUGAUGGUACCAUUCAUCAAACUUCAACCACUGCUAAUCCUCCAAUCUUGGGAUAAAUCUUUUAUCCCAAUUUAUUACAAGCUACCUUGUCUCAACAAAGAUUUUCUGUGGUUGAUUUGCUUUAGAAGUAAGAGAUAGUUGGGAUAUAAAAUCAAGGCAUAAGUUAUUUGUCACUGAUAGUAGCAGAUAUCAGCAAAACUAAACAAGAAUAAUUAUCAAGAGGUUCUCAAAAAUAGUCUUCUCUAAUAGUAUUAAAUAAUAGAAAAACAUAAACAAUAUAAAUUAAACCUUCUUCGCUGGAUAAUAAUUUUUAUCCUUCUACUGAUAACUUUGAUUACUUAAUUCAAGUGAAAGGUCUUGGUAAUGGUCAAUAAGGAAUUUUUGGUAUGAAUAAUUAGAAUUAAAAUUAAUAUCAACUUAUAGAAGAUUUUGUAGUUAAUCCAAAUUCAAAAUUUCCCACUAUACCAGCAGGAGGUAGGAAUUCAUUGUUGAUUGCUAUUAACUCUGGUUAAUUUAAUAGUGUCUACUCCUACUUAAUUAAUUUAUCAAUAUUGGAUUAAUAAAAGCCUGUUGAUUUCAUAUCACCAAUAAUUCUACCAGCUACUGUAAAUUCAUUUAAAAAAAUGAACUCAACUAAUUAUCUAUUGAUUUCUUAUGGAGCUCCAACUAAAUUUUAAGGAGGCGGUGGAGGUGGUGGUGGUGGUGGAGGAAAUCAAUUCACUUCCCCUUUACCAUUGCAAUAAAAUAGUCUAUGUGCUUAUGAUUUUGGAAAUGCUCAGAAUCUUUUGGGAACAAGCUAUGGAGUUGAUACUCUUUCUAUUUUACUCAAUCCAAUAAUUUGCAUAAACAUGGGAACAAAUCAAAUUAUGGCAAUAUAAAGUGUAUUUAUGAAUAAUAAAAAUUAUGUAGUUUUCUCAUUAUUAUCCUCAUAAAUCUUUAUUUUUGAAAAUACUGAUUUAAUCAACUCAAAAUUUUCUAUUUUAACAAGCAAUUUAAUUAAUUUCCAAUCUUAAAUUAAUGGUUUUAUUUCAAUAAUGUUAUAAAUUCCAAAUACAUCAAUUCUAAUUAUUGGUACAACUUAAGGAUAAGUGGCUUCUCUUGAUAUUUCAAACCCUACCUUCAUUUCUUUAACCACCUAACAGCAAUCUUAAACCUUACAAAUAACACCAUUAUUUAGUAAAAUUGGGAUAGGCUCAAAUGGAUUUAGUAUUGGUGAUAUAAUGCUUGAUAGUUAAACCUAAACUGUUAUAGGUAUAACUAAAAAUUCACUUGGAUAAGGGAUGUAAUAAUUUGGUCAAUAAUAGUUAUUGUUUUAGUAUAAUUUAGCAAGUCAAUAAAGAGUAUUAAAUUCUACACGCUCUUAUUAGGGAUAAUAACCUGGUGGUGGUGGUGGCCCAGGUCCAGGUUAAUAAGGAUAAAUUACUAUAGAGCAAACAGUUGUAUUUUCAACACCUAGCUUUUUAACUUUAACAAGUGUAACAAAACAAUACUAUCCAAUUCCUAGCGGUUAAACAAAGUGUCCACAACAAACUCCUAAUCCUGCUCCAACACUGACCCCUGUUAAAACUUUAUCUUUAGCUACUCAAACUUAGUUAAUUCCUUUAGAUGUUUAAACAGAUAAUUUAAACCCUUUGCUCAUUCCUGGAAUGCUUUCGUAUACUUCUGAGUUAAAUGAUAAAUAUGUAGUAUUACUUCUUGUUACUUAACCAUUUUAAUUUAGCUAAUACUGCAUUUAAAACCAAAAAUUUAAUAGACUACUAUAAACAGAAAAUGAAUAAUAAUAUUUUAGUUCAGAGAGCAAUAUUAAUUAACAAAACAGAAUUUUAUAAUCGUCUUAAAUUAGCUUAAAUAUAUACAUAAUUAACUCUUUAGGAGUAUCUGUUUGUAAAACAAGUAGCAAUUUUUACUAAUUAUCAUCUAUUAGCUAAGCACCAUUUUAAUUUAUUAAAGAUUCUGUAUAAAAUAUGUUUAUAGUAUUUUAGAACUCCAUAAUGAUAAUCAAACCCUCUGUUAACACACCUUCAAGUUUCCAAACUACAACCAUUACUUUAUAAAAUAUUUCUACUCUAGCUUCACUAGCAGAUGUAGUUUAAAUUUUAAAAAUUACAAUCCUAAACCCAAUAAAUCAGAUAUUUAUUUAACUAAUUAUGAGUGAUGGCUCAUAUAUAACAGUGAUAAUUUCAUACAAUUAAUAAUGGGUUUAAAACUAGAAUUAAGAUCUAUAACUUACAUUAAUAAAUACUAUAAAUAAUACCUCAAAUCCACAAAUAAAAUCACUUCUGACAUUCAAUACUAUUUACUAUAUGUAAUCAUAAAAUAUACUCGCUGUAUAAUAUAAUACUAAUACAGAUUUGAUAUAGUAUAAUAUGACAACUAAUUCUCUAAAUCUGUAACUCACAUUAUACAACAUUUCUGAUAGUAACACAAGAUUUUUUUCAAUUACUUCUGAUAACUCCCUCUAUCAACUCAUGCUAGAUGGAGAAAUAAAGAGGAUAUACGCUCCUUAAUGCUACAAUUAAAGUUGCAUCAAUAUAUAGUGUUCAAUUAAGACUUUGCUUAACACAUAAGCUUCGAAUAGCUUACAAGAUAUUUUACAAAAAACAACAUCAAAUAUAUUACUUAGAUAAGAAUAAAUAUAUAAUCAAGUAUUAGAUUACUAAAAUUUUAUCACUAAAGUUGCGAACAUUUAAAUAAAAAGAUAUUUUUAUUUUGGUAGUGAUAGUGUUUACAAUAUUUAAUAUAUCCAUUAUAAGUAAAUUGUCUCAUAACAAUAUUUGACAUAAAACAACAUAUCAAUGAGGUUAAGCUUUCACACAUUUAAUACUUCUUUACCAACUAAUACCUCUGGAGGUUAUUAGAAUUUGCCUCCACUUAAAAUUUAUGGUGAUUCUCCAUUUUCAUUUGAUAAUUACAUUUAAGUAUCGUUUCGCAAUAUAUUAUGGAAUGUGAAUAUAGAUAAUUAUAUUGACUAAACUUAGCCACUAAUUUAAAUAUAAAAUAAUAUAUCGUUCUUUGAAAGAUUCAACAUUUUGACCUAUUCAAUCAAAAAUCCAAAUAGUAUUUUAGAUAACUUUAACUAAUUCUAAAUUUAAUCUGGCUCCUCAGCUACUUUUAGAAAUAUGACUAUUCAAAAUAAGAAUUACUAAAGUGCAAACUAUUUUAUACAAGUUCCUUCAACUAUUUUUAAUCUCACUCUUGAAAAUAUUAUUGUUCAAAAUUGUAAAUUUGAAUCAACUGUCUUUGUUUCUGCUUCAAAUUAACUUUUCCUAAAUGCUACAAAUAUUUAAUUUAACAAUAAUAUAAUAACUUUAUCUCAAAGUAAUCAACUAUUAAGUACUUUCAUGAGUGCACAAAGUAUAGCUCUUUAAGGAUUUUAGUUUUAGCAAAAUUCUGUUUAAUAAAUCACAUUAUUUGGUAAGACAUACUAAUCUCAAUAUUUUGUUGCAAAUAUUUCAAAUAUUCUGAUAGCUCAAAAUGCUUUUUUUAUUAGCGACUAAAGCUUUAACAUUUUAAUUUUAAAUGUUCAAUUUUUAUAAGCUAUUGAGAGUUAGACUUAUGCCAACUUUACAAGAAUUAUUAUAUCAUAAAACCGUAUUUUUAGUCAAGCAUAUAAUCCAUCAAUUUUUAAUUAAUACUUAACAGAAAUAAAUAAUAAUCAAAAUUAGUAACUUCCUGAUAAUUAAAUAAAUGAUAUGAAUACAUUUAUAAGUCCUAAAGCUUAGUCAUAGUACUUUUUCUUUUGCACAUAAUACAUUCAAUCAAUUUAUGUUCAAAAUGUUAAUAUAACUGAUAAUAAGAAUAUAGGUUUUUACUAGAGCUCUUACCUUAACUUAUUUUAAGCUGACUUACUAAAUUAUAAAAAUAUUUAAUUAAAUCAAUCUGAAACUAAUUCUGCAUGCAUUAAAAUUACAGAGUUUAAUACUUUAUCCUUUUAAUUGACUAAUUCCUUAUUAGAAAAUUUAAGUAUUUAAAAUGAUUAUCUGAUUUAUAUCAAAACAUCUUAAUUUAAUUCUUUAGAUUAAUAAUAAAUUUCUACUUUUAAAAUUGAUGGAUUGAUUAUAAAGAAUAUAAAAAUAUCUACAUCUAGUGAAUACAACUAAGCGUCUAUACUUUUUUUAAAUAGUUUAUUAUAAAAUAAAGUAUUCAUUAAUAAUUUAAACGUAGCAAAUGUCUUGAUUUAAACUCCCUUAUAGGUAUUUUAUGACAUGGCCUCUACUUUGACCUUACUCAUGCCUUUUUCAUCAGCAUAAUUAACAAAUUCAAAUUUCCUCAAUUUCUACACAUAGAGUAUUAAGGAAGUACUAUACUUGAAUGUUUAAGAUUUAAUUAUGGAGAAUAAUAAUUUUGAAAAUAAUUAAUUUUAAACAAAUGCUCCUUUACUAGGGACAAAUGGAGGCUUUAUAUUAGUUUAGUCUAAAACUUUAAACAUGACAAAAAAUUCAUUUUAUAGAGGAUCAAGUCUUAAUGGUGCAGCAGUUACUAUAACUCCUACUUCUUCAAAUCCACAAUUUAAUUUUACAAACUGUAUAUUUUCAAAUUUGAUUAGCUUUUAAUAUGGUGGAGCAGUUUAUAUAAAUAAUCCUCCUGCAAAUACAAUUGCAAAUUUCUUUUAAUGCCAAUUUACUUCAUUGAUAGCUAAUGAAGGAGGUUCAAUCUAUUCUUAUUUUACAAUAAGAAAAGCUUUAAAUAAUAAUAAACCAGAAAUGCCUAACAUUAUUAUCACUUCCCCAAGAAUAAAUUAAACAUUUGCUAGUAGCUAAGGCAGCUUCAUUUCGUUUUACAACAUGAAUGUGAGUUUAAAUGAUGUGAUAAUAGACAUAAAUAACCCUUUGAAACAAAUUAAUUUACAAUAAAAUAUUUUAUUUUAGUAGAUUAGGUAAUAUUAAACAGUAGGAAGUGUAUUUUCAGUUUAAAAUUCAAAUUUUACAAUUACCAAUUCUUAAUUGAAUUAAAUUUUUUGCAAAUAAAACUAAUAACAAUCUUCAGUCAUAAACCUACAAUAAAAAUCUACUGGAAAUUUGCAAAACGUUAAAAUCAUUUAAGGUAGUUUUUCAAAUGGAGGAGCUUUGUUGGUUGACACAUAAAGCUAAAUUCUAAUGAACUUAGUGGAGAUACAAAAAAUGAACUACUAAUUGGUAAGCUCACUUAGAUAAAUUGAAUAAGUUAGCGACUCAAAUUUGUAGCUCACAUAAAACUAGUAUUAAACAUAAGCUGUAAGUGCAUUCAUAAUAAGAAGUUUUUCAUAGUUUUAAAUAUCUUAACUGACUAUGAACCUAAAUUAGUGCUCUAACUUAUUUUGUGUUGGAAGUGCUCUGUCUAUAGUAUAAUCAAGUGGAUAAAUAGACAAAUCAAUAUUUACUAAUAAUACUUCUUCAAAUAAAGGAGGUGCUGUUUCUUUGAUAAAUGAAAGUGGUUAAGUUAAAAUCAUGAAUUCUCUAUUUUAAUAUAAUUCAGCUAAUUAAGAAGGAGGAGGCUUAUUUAUUUAUUAAAAUGUAGACCUAAUUUAACCAAAUUAAAAAAUUAUAAUAUUUGGCUCAUAAUUCCUAUAAAACAGUGCAUUCUAAGGAGGUGGUAUAUAUUUAAAUUCCUUUUCAUAAAACAGUAAACUAAAUUCUGCUGACUGGAUUUAAAUUUCAGACUCAAAAAUUAUGAAUAAUACAGCUAAUUUUUUAGGAGGAGGUAUAUAAUACACUGGGUUUGAUCCUGAAAUAACUUCUUCCACAGUAAUAUCUUUAAAUACAGCAGGUAAAAAAUAUGGAGGAAAUUUAUUUUCUAGACCUUUUAAAUUGCAAUUUAAUUAAAAAUUAACUUAAUAAAGCAAUCAAAAUUAAAUAUAAUAUGGUGUACAAUAUGAUCCAAUUUUACAAUUGGAGAGACUACAAAUAGGUAUUCAAGUCAGUGGUGACUAACUUCCUGAUUUAAUUUUUGAACUUGUAGAUGAAAAUAAUUAAGUAAUAGAUGGUUCAUAUGAAUCAGUUAUAGGAUCUUAAAUAUAUGCAUAAGUAUAACCUUAUGGUAAAUUAGAUGAUAAAAACGCUUUCUAAAUCUCUAGUAGUAUUCAAAAAAUUACCUUUACUGAUUACUUUAACUUAACUGAUAUAUCUAUUACUGGAGUUCCAAACUCAUCUAUCAGCAUACAAUUAUCAUCACCGUUUAUAAAUAAUCCAAACUACCCUGAAAAUAGUUAUUUCUAUAUUAUUGACAUACAUCUAAGAGAUUGCAUACAAGGAGAAGUGUACAAAAAAGGAUAAGUAAUUUAUAAUGGUCAUUCUUACAAUAUUUUUGGAUGCUCAAAAUGCCCUGAAGGAUAGUAUUCUCUUUCUUAUCCAAAUUUGAAUCAACCUAUUUUUGAAUGUUAAAAAUGUAUCUCAAAUACAAAUUGUCUUGGUGGUAAUGUAAUCAGUUUGAAAGAGGGAUUUUGGAGGGAGAACGACUAAACAGAUGAAAUAUUGUAAUGUAUCAAUAAAUAAAAUAACUGUCUAGGAGGUCCUUAGAAUUUUACUUGUAAUACUGGCCAUAUAGGUCCUCUCUGUGAAUCUUGUGAUAUAUCGAACGGAUACUCUCGUUAAGGUAAUUUCUAGUGCUCAAAAUGCGGAGAUAUUGUCAAUAAUACUUUUAAAGUUUUAGGAUUGGUUGUUUUAUACAUCGUUUGUGCAAAGAUGAGUGUUGAUGGAGUACUCUAAAGAAUUAUGUUUAUUAUCAAAAGAAAAGAGUAACUCAAGCAAGAAGCAUAAAAAUAAGGAGCUAGUAGUUAAUUUAUUAAAAACUCGAUUAAAAGAGAGGAAGUUAAUGCAUCUAUUUUGCUCAAACUCAUAAUUAGCUAUUUUUAGAUCAUAAUGGUUGUUACAACAUUUUAGAUUAGCUUUCCUAGUGUUUUUAACAGUCCUAUAGAUGUAAUUGCAAAUCCAACAGUCUAAGUAUUAUAUUCUUUUGAAUGCUUUUUCCAUGAAAUCUCACUUAGCACAGGAGUAAAUAUAAUUUAUGUGUAAUUUAUUGCUUCUGUGUGUUUACCAAUACUAUGCGUACUAGUUUUCAUUAUAACUGGUUUGAUAAAAUAUAGAGGCAACAGCUUUUUAAAAAGGUUUUACAUCUCCACAUCUUUGAUUUAUUGCUUGAUGUACUUUUAGCCUAGUUUGUAUAAAGAUGCUGUAAGUAUUUUAAGUUGUCGUUCGAUAGGAGAUCAUAGAUAUAUUUAAUAUAAUGUAUUAUACACAUGUUAUACAGAUGAACAUAUUUUAUGGUCUUUGUCAUUGAUACUACCGAUUCUACUGAUUAUUUCUGUAAUAAUACCAGGAUUUAUGAUGUACAAAGUUUAUAAAUCAAAAGACUCCAUAUUGAAAAGGAAAAACUACAUGUUUAUUAUUGGAGAAUAUGAUAUGAGUGAAAAAAGAAAAAUUUGGUAUUGGGAAUUUCUCAAAAUGUAUAUGAAACUAUUAAUUAUGUCUAUUCUUAUAAUCUAUGAAUAUUCUAUCCCAAACAAAAUCUUGUUAAUUCUGCUUAUUGUAGUUUUAUACGGAUUUUUUUUGGUUAAAGUCCAUCCUUAUUCGGAAUAGCUGUACAAUAAGAUAGAUAUUUAUUCAACUUUCGUGCUUACAACUUCUAUUUACCUAGCAUUCAUUGCAUAUGAGAACAAAACUAAUUAUGCUUGGUUGCUUUCAUCUGUAAUUGGUAUAGCUACAAUUAACACUGUCUUUUUAAUUUGGUGCUUUAAGAAGCUAGCUUAUGCUUAUUUCCCAAUGGUUAAAAAAACUUACUUCGAGUUUAAGUUUUUAUGCUUUAAAUUCUCUCCAUUUAAAUGUUUUUAUACUAAAAAAACAGCAACAAUUUAUAAAUUUUAAAAAUUAGUCAAAUUAGUUUAAAAUGAACUUAAAAAAAGAAAUAUUAUCAACGCAUGGACAGGAAAAAUUAAGGUUCCAUUAGAAAAUAUUAUUGAUUUAAUAAUUUAGGGUAGAGAGUAAAUGAAAAAUGGAUCUAAAUUAGAUUUAAAUACAUCAAUGAAAAAUCGAAGCUAAGCAAAAAUUGUUUCUUUGAAAAAAAUAAAUUUAUAGAGUGAAAAUUAGAUAAAUGAAAAAAAUAACGUCUAAAAGCCUCUCUAACUGGAAAAAUAGCUCAAAUCAGAUAAUGAAAUUGAAUCUAUAAACUUUGAGUUUCCUAGCGAAAAUCUUAUACAUUACUAAAAUUAAAAUCCUUCCAUAAUUUAAUUGGUAGCGCAGUAAAUUCCUUAAAGCUUUUUGUAGAAUGAAAGUGUCAGAGCCAAAAUAAAUAAACUAAAAAGUACUUCCAUAAUAUAAGAUAUGGGUACAAAUAGAAAUCUUCUAGAAAUUGUACCCAUUUCAAGUAGGUUUGACGAGAAUUUCGGUACAUAAAAACUUAUUUAAUCCCCUUUGACAGCUAGAUCUAAUGAAAAUGAUUAGUUAGCAAGUCUUAAAAAAAUAAUUUAAUUUGAAAGUUUCACACCAAAGAAUCAGUUUCAUACUACUGAUAGAUAAAUAUAAGAAGAUUAAAUGUCCUCACCUAUUCAAAACUAAAUUAUAUCAGAAAUUUAAAAUGACUCCGAGAAUGAUGUAGCAUCUGUUCAAAUUCCAAUUGAACAUCUUAAUAACACAGAUCCAAAUAAUUAAUAGAAUAUUUAAAAAUUAAAUAGAAAUAUCUUACAAAAAGAUUAAGGAGGUGAAAAAUAAGAUAAAGGAGAUAUUGAAAAUUAGAUAAUAAUAAAUAAUUAAAAAAUGGAAGAUAGCUCUAAAAGUGAAAAUUAUCUAAGACUUAAAGAUGAAAAUAGCAAAAUUGCUUAAGAAUUUAAUGGUACAUAGAAUUCAAACAAAGAGUUAAAUCUCUAAAAGCUUAGCAGAAAUAUUUUGAAUAUAGAAACAGAUAGUUAAGAAUAAAAAAGCAAUGAAAUUCAAAAUUAAAAAAUAGAACAAAGUGAACAUUAAUUAAAUUUUGAAUAGGAAAAUCUUAUAAUUAUGAAUAGUAGUAGGUAUGAUAUUUAAGAGAAUAAAGAAAAAAUAUCUCCUCAAUUAUUCAGUAAAUGA